AUUUGGUCCACCCGUUUUUUUAAGGAUACAGACUUCUUCAGCCUUUAAUGCGGAUUUCAUUUUGGAUCAGUAUAUGGGAAUUUUCUCAGUUUGGUGACUGACGAUGUUGAGCAUUUAAACUUUUAAGUAACUUUUAAACAGCUGGCGAAUCCAUCUCGUCUGUUUCAGAUGCAACAGUACUGCUGAUGAUCUUGCACAAACGUAUUAUGUAACCAGAGGAGGAUUUGUGAGCUGCUAACCAGUUCCAGCUGAUCAGCAAACUCCUCACUCAACCAUGUCAGUGAGGAUGUUUCAUUCCUAUAAGUCACACUGGCCCCUGCUGUUGUUUGCAGCUCUGUGGAGCCUCAGCUACCCAAGUUUGCUUACCGCCUGGCCGGGCAUCGGUCGCAGCAAGCCCAAGGAUCAGCUGGACCCAAAUGUGAGGGACUGGGGAGACUAUUCAGACCUCCCUCCGGAGAUCGAGCAGGGGUUGGGGUUGGAGGAAGAACAUGUAGACAACAGACGAGUCGUAGAGUCAUCAUUGAGCCUGGCUCCAGAGCUGGAUUUCCUGGCUGACUUUGCAGGUAAAAAGCGACUGUGGGUGAUAACAGCCCCAUCACACAAUGACAACUACCUUCGUAUGAUGGAAAAACAGCUGGAAGACAUGGAGCAGAAAGGGUUAAAUUGCCGUCUCGCAGAAAGAGACACAUUCAUCAUCACCAUCAUCCAGAACGCAAUGAUGGAAGGUCGAGUCCAGAAAACAACUUUCCAAGGAGAGGCCACAGUAGAGAGCCUGGACCCUGACACAGUUAGCAAACUGCUGCACUACCUGGAGCUAACCGGGCAGGAGGAAGGGUUCACCAUGCUGGUUAUGAAGAAAAACCUUCGGGUCAGCGAACGCUUCCCGUAUCCAGUUCGUGUAGAGGCGAUUUUGGAGCUCAUUGAUCAGUUCCCUGUGAGGAAGCUGGAGAAAAUGACCAGAAAAGGAUCCAACUUGAGGUGCAGAAGCUCUAAAAAAAAGGUUGUGAUGAAAAGGAAAAUGACGAAGAAGAAGAUCGUACUGAGCCCUCAGAGGCAAGGGAAUGUGACUUCAAUUAUGGCAAUACAAAGAAAACCUCCUCUGGACAAAAAAGCUGCCCUGAAGAGUAAGAUCCAGGACAUACUGAGUGGACGGUCAAGGUUUGUUAUCCGUAAGGCGCCUACAGUGGAAUCCACGAAGGGAAAGGACUUGAGCAGUGGUAGUCGGGCCACUUCUAACGGACAAGAAAAAGUGCACAGCCCUCCACCUGCUCCACCUGUGUCAAAGAGCAAUGAAGAAGUGAAGAAAGUCAGGCCUGACCCCGCUGUGGAAGAAGGGAAGAGAAGACAUGGAGAGAAAAACAGAGAAGAUAAAAAAGAGCAGAAUGUAAAGGAUAACACACAGGAAAAGCCGAGCACCAAGAAAAAGGGUAAAGGGAAGAAAGGGAAGAAAGGGAAAGGAAGAGGGAAAAAGUCCAACAGAGAGGCCAGCGAGAAGGAUAAAGUAGCCCUGAAGGAGUUUUUGGACAGUUUAAAGGGCAAAAGAAGGUUAAUGUUGAUCGCAACGCCCAGCAGAGAUGCAACACUGUACAUCCAGCAGAGGGACGACAACGACAAGCAACACUGUGACCUUGCAAUUAGGAAGAUCACCGUGGCAACCAUUGUGGGCGAAGGAAGUCACACCUCCCUCACGCUGCAACACCACCAGCUCGAGUCGGAGCCUCCACUCAGUGACCAGUCGGAUCAUUUCUCAGAUUCAGGCCUGAUCUCUCUGUUGAGAGCAGAGCUCGGCCUGUCGUCCCCUGACCUCUUUUCCAUGACUGUCACAGACUACGACAUCAAGCCCAGUAGAGUCUUUGAGGCUCCUCCAUCAGGUCCUGCUCUGUUCGAGUACAUUGACAACUUUCCCUCAAGGCGCUCAGAAAAAGAGAAGGAAAGGAGGAGUCCCCCAUCCUGCUCCAAUGGCAGGCAAAAUCCUGGAGCUGAGAAUUCACUGCUCAGGUUCAUGUCUAAGAGGAGACUGCUGCUCAUCUCCGCUCCAUCUAAGGACGACUACUUCUUCCAGCAGCAGCUCUCUGCUCUCAGCGGACAGGAGUGUCACCUGGGUAUUCGCCACUUUGCCAUGUUGAAGCUGACUGGAACUGGAGACAAAGCAUCAGGAACUGUUGAACUCUUUCCCCUAAAUGGGCGUAGUCAGAGUGAGGUGGAGCCGUUAUCCCGGGACAUGGUCAACAAUCUGAGAGAACAGCUGAAGAUCAGUAAGGACUACUUCAACAUGCUCGUUGUGGGGAAGGAUAGCGAUGUCAAGGCGUGGUUCCCGUCACCCAUGUGGUCCCUGGAUAACAUCUACGACCUGGUGGACUCCAUGGAGCUGCGCCACCAGGAGGAGAAGCUGCAGAAGAGACUGGGGAUCCACUGCCCUGAGGACAGAGGGAGAGGAGGCAGUGAGGGGGGGCCUUAUCACGGCUACGACGAAGAUGGGCUGGAUGAGACGUACUUGUAUCACCGGUCAGAGGAAUAAUGAGACAAGAGGAAGAAGAUUCAGUUGUGUAAAGAAAGCAAGCUCAUAAACAAAGACCUUGAAAACUUAUCUGCAAGACUCACACGAGCAGGACUCACAUCUUCACAGACCCACAAUUAUUAAGCUGUACAUUUUAUGUUUGCAUAUAAUAAAUUUCAA